CUGAGCUGAGCUGCAUCCAGUCUCGGCACUGCCCCUUGGGGAGUCAUGGGGCCACGUGGGCACCAGUCCUUCCUGCUGCUCCUGGCCCUCUGUGCCACAGGGGCCUUCGUCAGUGCCACAGUGCUGUCCGGCCUGCCCACCACAGUGAGCGUGAUGGAGAGUGCGGGACCGGGCACGAUCAUCGUGGAGUUCAACCUGACCUGCCAGAACGAGACCAGCAUCCCCACCCCUGUCUUCACCCUGCAGAGCACCCCCCCGACCUACUUCUUUAACCAACCCAUCGUUGCCCACCGUGCCAGCCCAACUCCCCACUACAGCGUGCAGAUCACGCUGAGCCCCAGUGCGGCGCUGGACGCUCGGCAAGUCAAUCAGUACACGCUGACCCUGGAGGCUACCUGCCCAGGGGAGACGCCUGCCAAAGGCCAGCUCUUCGUCCAGGUCCACACAGUGGAUGGGCCCCCCCAGUGCAUGGCCAGGUUUGCUAGCCAAGUGGGGGAGCUGGUGCAAGUCUCAGAGGACGUGGCACCCCUGAUGCCCAUCUACACCGUGGUCUUGCAGCGGCCAGCUAGCGGGCUGAGGUUCACCAUCAAAGACAAUGACACACCCCUCACCAUCGACCGCGCCGGGCAGGUGCUGGCACCAGGAUCAGGCUUCAUCCCAGCCCAUGCCGGCCAGGUGUUCAGGCUGCAGAUCCUGGUUACCGACAGGAGCGGGAGAAACUGCAGUGGGGCCGUGACAGUGACGGUGCUGCCCGUCCACCGCCCCCACAUCAACUUCAUGGCAGCGUGGCGCAGUGUGGCCGUGCUGGAGAAGAGAGGCGCCAUGCAGCUUGUCACGCAGGUCCAGGCCCAGGGGAACAACGUGCGCUACGAGAUCAUCGCCCCGGCUGCUCAUGGGCUCUACACCAUUGAUACAGUGACUGGCGAGCUCCGCAACACCUACGAACUGGACCUGCAGCGCUCCCCAGAAGUGGCGCACACCCAGCUUCUGGUGCGGGCCUAUGACAUGCUGCACCCCAGCGACAGCGACAUCAUCUGCCUCAACAUCACUGUGCUCCCCACCAGCACAUUGGCACCCCACUGCUCCCCCGCUGUCUUGCUGGCUCAAGUACCUGAGGACACCCCCAUCGGCUGGACUCUCGCGAUGCUGACAUGCACGGACCCAGAUGCCAGCAACAGCUCCCUGCGCUACCAGGUGGAGGGUGACCAGCACUCGCGCUACAGCUUCCGCAUGCAGGGCCCACAGCUGCAGGUCAACGAGACCCUGGACUACGACUCAGCUGCCAGUGCCCGCUUCCAGUACGUGGCCACCAUCCUGGUGACGGACAACGGGCAGCCCCCCCUGAGCACCCAUGUGCCUGUGCUGGUGACGGUGACUCCGAAGAACGAGCACUCACCUGCGUGCCCAGCCCGUGCCAUGUUCAGUGUGCCAGAGGAUGCUGCCUUCGGCGACACAGUGGGCCGGGUGAAUGGCACGGACCUUGACUACCCCUUCGACAACAUUGAGUAUAGCAUUGCUGGGGGCACCGGCGCCAGCCCGCCUGCCUUCUACAUUGGCCCCCGGACCGGUGAAAUUCACGUGCUCAGUCCCCUGGACUACGAGAGCAAGCAGGUCUAUAUCCUGACCGUGCAGCUGCGGGACAUGGCCAAUGAUGCAGACCCACAUCACCAGCACAGUGCACUGUGUGACAUCACCAUCCAAGUGCAGGACACCAACGACCAGCCCCCGCGCUGCAUGCCCCCCUUCCAGGAGUUCUUCAUCUACUCCACCCGGGACCCCAGCCUGCCCCUCGCGCAGUUGCAGUGCUCCGACAAGGAUGAGAGCACCAUGCUGCCCCUGACCUACACCCUUGUGGGAGGCAACACCAAUGGGCACUUCCGUCUGGCGGGCAGCACCCUGCUGCACUCUGCCUUCUCCGACCCACCCGACAGCAUCCACGAGCCCCGUACCUUCGAGCUGCUGGUGGAGGUGACAGACAGCUUCAGUGCGCCACGCCACAGCACCACAGCCACGCUGGUUGUGCAUGUGACACCCUGGGCCACUGCCACGCCCAGCACCACCACCAUACACACGACCCUGCGGAAGGGGCCGCUAGUCGUCACCCACACCGAGUGGUUCUGGGCACCCUCGCCUUGGUUUGUGGUGGUGCUGACUGUCUCUGUGGCGCUGCUGCUGGUGGCGCUGGCAUGGCUGGCCUGGAAACUCCUGUGCAGGUCUGCUCCGGGCAAGUCAGCGCAGCCACUCCUACAGGACAGCAGGAGCAGUUUGAUGGCCGUGCCCAGGACCCCAUUACAGGUCAGGAUUACCUCUUCAACAGCAGCACCGGAGCGCGCCGCUGGGUCUGAGCAGGCACCGCCCCCCCUUGGUCUGAGUGGACACAGCUUCCCCCGCCCACACACACACUUUCCCCCUGCACUGGGUCUGAACGGGCACUGCCCGCCCCCUCGAGUCCGCCCAGCACAGCCUCUGCAGACAGGCCAUCUAGAAUGGGCCAGGCUGUAACUUUCUACUCUGUGCACUAACCAAGGACCAUCUGCAUAGGGUCCCAGACACCCAAUAAACCCUCCUGCUUCUACCGCGCUGUCUAAGUCACCACAGGGCCGGGGGUGCAGUGCUUCCUCUGGGAGUGCAGGUCUCCCUCAGUGCCCAUCGCAGAACUACUUGCUGCAGGGAGCUCACAGAAACGGGGGUUAGAGGCUCCAAGGGUCAGACCCAGGUGGUGGUGAAGCUGCGUGUCUUACCCUAGGCAGCAAGAGCCUAAAGGGGCUGGCACACUGAGGGGUCCUGCCAGGACAACUCCAGAGCCAGGAGGCUAGGUCCCACCCAACAGAAGUGAAGUCAUCCUGGGUAAAAGGGGCACCAAGUUAAGCGCAGGAUUCGCUGCCAUUCAGGCCCGGCUAGAGGAGAGCAGAGGGUAUAAGGGGCCAGCCGUGACCUGUGUCGUUCACUACACCGAGUAGUGACUGGAAAACGGGAAGAGCCAUGUGGGCACUGCCAACACAAAGGGCUGUGGCUCAGGCCAGAGGUGCGGAGAAUGGCAUGCAGGGGAGGAAUCUGCUGAGGUGCCAGUUGGAUUUUAGCUUUAAAAUCUAACAAACAGGCUUCGCCAACUGGCUCACAAUGCACGGGACAGCAGCGCCUGGCACAAACCAGCCCCUCUGCAUCCCUGAGCAAACCAACAGCUACCAGCCACCCCAACUAUCCUGAGCAAAAUACUGACCCCGCCCAAACCUCCCUCUUGACUAUCCAGUGCCAAAUACUGUCCACCAGUCCCCCCGCAUUGUCGUGAACCAAACACCAGCUGCUAACCCCCCCUCCUGACUGUCCUGAAAAAAACACCACCAGCCAAUGUCACCUGACUGUUCUGAGCCAAACACUGACCACCGCCCCUCCCCCAACUUUUCACCUAAGAUGCCUGCUGGAACUAAGAAGGACAGUACUGGGGAAAGGAUUGGGCCAAGACAAGGAAGGAGUUUAGUCUGUGAAAGAAACUUUCUGGAACAUCUCUGAGGGUGAGAUUUACCUGUAAACAGUUUCGUAAUGCAUUAGGCUUAGACUUGCAUGUUUUGUUUUAUUUUGCUUGGUAACUUACUUUGUUCUGUCUGUUAUUACUUUAAACCACUUAAAUCCUACUUUUUGUACUUAA